GUUUCACAUCACAACAUUUUUGUGUUUGCUGUGAGGACAAGCACGCAGAGGAACACAGUUUGAAUCAGAAGAUGGGACUGCUGGAAGUAUUUCUCCAGGCGGACACCGGUGUCCCGCUGCUGGGGGCUGCAGUGGUCCUGCUCCUGGUCUACUUUGCUUCAUCCACUUUUAACUCCAGUGAGAGUGGCUAUGAACCUCCGGGACCACGACCACUUCCUUUGCUGGGAAACCUUCUGCUGCUGGACCUGAAGAGACCCUACAACACGCUGGUGGAGCUCUCCAAGAAGUAUGGCCCGGUGUUUACCGUCUACCUGGGGUCCAAGAAGGUGGUGGUUCUGGCCGGCUACCAGACGGUGAAGGAGGCACUGGUCAACCAUGCGGACGAGUUUGGAGACAGAGACACCUUACGAAUCGUGACGGAGUAUAACAAAGGCCACGGGGUCUUAUGGAGCAAUGGAGACUCGUGGAAGGACAUGAGACGCUUCGCCCUCACCAACCUGAGAGACUUUGGAAUGGGUAAGAAGGCGUGUGAAGACAAGAUCAUUGAGGAAAGCCAACACCUCAUGGAGGUCAUCAGGAAGUUCAAUGGAGAAUCCUUUGAUACCACUCAGCCCAUCAACUACGCCGUCUCCAACAUCAUCUCCUCCAUCGUUUACGGAAGCAGGUUUGAGUAUGACGAUCCAGAGUUCACAGCCAUGGUGGACGAAAUGAACCGGAAAAUCCAGCUGGCCGGCUCGCCCUCAGCUCAGGUCUUCAACAUGUUCCCGUGGCUCGGCAAGAUGCUGCCACAGAACAAGGAAUUCUUCCGUCUAACUGAGAACUACAGUAGGAAGAAUCUGGAAGUAUUCCGCCGUUUGGAAGAAAGCCUCAACCCACUGAUGUGCAGAAGCUUGGUGGACGCCUUCUUUGUCCGCAAGCAACAGCUGGAGGUGUGUCCACACUUAAAGACCUCGGCGCUCGGCGCUCUACUGGUGCUGCUGCUGGUCUACGUCGUCUCCUCCUCGGCUUCCAGCUCGCAAGAGUCCCGCAAGGAGCCUCCGGGGCCCAGACCGCUCCCCUUGCUGGGGAACCUGCUUCAGCUGGACCUCCGCAGACCACAUUGGUGCCUCAUGGAGAUGUCCAAGAAGUACGGACCAGUCUUCACCUUCCACAUGGGGCCCAAGAAGGUGGUGGUCCUGGCCGGCUACAAGACGGUGAAGGAGGCACUGGUCACGUACGCCGAAGACUUUGGAGAGAGAGAACCUCCGACAACCGUCAAGGAGUCCAAGCUGGAGUACGGCAUCUUAUGGAGCAACGGAGACUCGUGGAAGGAGAUGAGACGCUUCGCCCUCACCAACCUGAGAGACUUUGGAAUGGGCAAGAAGGCGUGUGAGGACAAGAUCAUUGAGGAAAGCCAACACCUCAUUGAGGUCUUCAACAACCAAAAAGGGGACGCCUACGACAACAACCAGAUCAUCAACUACGCCGUGUCCAACAUCAUCUGCUCUCUGGUGUUUGGCAGCAGGUUCCGCUACGACGACCCCGUCUUUGUUGCCAUGGUGCAGCGCACUAACAGGAGCGUCCAGCUAGUUGGCGCUCCGACCAUGCAGUUGUACAACAUAUUCCCGUGGUUUGGCAAGUGGUUCUUCUCAGUGAGAGAGGAGCUCCGCAGUCUGGGAACCGCCAACCGCAAGCAGGCCAUGGAGCUGGUCCAGGGCCUGAAGGAGACGCUCAACCCGCACGCCAGCAGAGGCCUAGUGGACACCUUCCUUAUUCGCCAGCAGCAUCAGGAGGAGUCCGGGGAUGUGGGUCACUUCCACAAUCCAAACCUGAUGAUGACAGUGUCAAACCUGUUUCUGGCCGGCACGGAAACCACCGCAACUACACUCAGAUGGGGACUUCUCCUCAUGGCCAAGUACCCAAAGAUACAAGAACAGGUCCGUGAGGAGCUGAACAGGGUGAUCGGGGAUCGACAGGUCCAGGUGGAGGACAGGAAGAACCUGCCCUUCACAGACGCCGUCAUCCACGAGACCCAGAGGGUGGGCAACAUCAUCCCCAUGGCGCUUCCUCACAGGACAAGUCGGGAUGUCACCUUCCAGGGUCACUUCAUCAAGAAGGGGACGACGGUGCAUCCUCUCCUCACGUCCGUCCUCUAUGACGAGGAUGAGUGGGAGAAGCCGCACUCCUUCCAUCCCGCCCACUUCCUGGACAAAGACGGGAACUUUGUCAAGCGAGAUGCCUUCAUGCCUUUCUCUGCAGGUCGCAGGGUCUGCCUGGGAGAAAGUCUGGCCAAGAUGGAGCUCUUCAUCUUCUUUGCCACGCUCAUACAGCACUUCCACUUCACCCCUCCCCCGGGGGUCUCGGAAGACCAGCUGGACCUGACCCCACGGGUGGGCGCCACCCUCUGCCCGUCACCCCACAAACUUUGUGCUGUCUCGUGCAUGCGAGGUUAGCUCGAGAGCCCUUUGUGUUGUUUGCAAUCAUCACACAGGAUUUUUCCUCUUGAAGGUAUUGAUGCUCCUGAUAUUUGGACAGAAAUUCACCAAUUGUUUGUCAAGAAAAAUAAUACAUAAAUAUACACACAGUACAUAUCAAAUUAAAAACAAUUAAAAAAUAUAUACAUUAAAUCCUCUGUGAUGAUUUCCAAAUCAGUGAUAUAUAUAAUAAUGUUUUGCUAUGUAGUCGUAUAGGAACGAAUAGAAAUCAUGCUUAACAAAGAUUUGCUUCCACUAUGACUUAUAGGUUUUUGGCCCUCACGCAGACGUGAGAGUCACAAAUUAUUUGGAAGAUAUAAAAAAUAAAAAAAACUGCUUAAAUCUAUGGUAAUAUAAAACAUGCUGAAACCAAAGCAACAACAAUUCAGAGAAAAAUGUAGAAACUAAUAAUAAUAAUGAACUCCAAUGUGACUAAAAGGCCAGGGAACAACGGAGGAACAAUAGCAAAGAGUAAACGGAGCAAUUAGGGCAGCCCAGGAAGAUGCUGGAGAAACAACAGUUGAGUAAAAGCUAGCGAAGGGCGGAGAAAGACUGAACAUACCAAAAAAGAAGACUUAGCAUGGAAGCUAGUAGCAAGCAAACAAGGAAACAGGAAAGUUGUGACACAAUGGAGAAGUCGGGUCAACACGAGGAACCAAAUCUGGCAUCUUCUUGGUGUGGCCGCAGGGUUUAUGAAUGUUGGUUUCAGAUUGCAUUCGCGUGCCUCGUUGCUCCACCCCCAUCCAGCAGAUCAAAUUGCCUGCAAACGGAGCAAAGGACAGGAAACGGUAGACAGAAAAGCAAACAGUUUGUUGGGCUGCAAAGCAUUUUCUUUAAUGAGAAUAAAGACAUAAAAAGGAAGAAAUGUUUGCCGGUUGGCUCGGUCUAACGUAAUCGCCGCGUUAUUUUUAUCCUGGCUGAUUUGGCAGCCAAUCAGGUGACCAUAAAGCAGGUCAAAGAUUAUUGUGCACAUCUUAUGAAAGUUUUUCCAUCAUCCAAAGUCUGAUCCGCAUCAAAGAUUCUUCUUGCCAAAAAUAAAUAACAUGAUGCGUCUCAUAAGUGUGUGUCUCAUGAGGCAGCGCCAUGGGGGCGGUCCUACACUUUUACAUGAUGACUCAUUUCCUCUUUCUAUUUGCUACCGUCAUGGCCCGUCUUCCUGACGGCAGCGUAGGUCACUUGCUCUUCCUCCUGUCUGACCUGCACAACAUUAUUUUCAUGGUAUUACUCCAACAUGAACAAGUGUAAAAAGAAGUGAAGCAGAGUCAUGCUGGAGUGGGGCGCUCUGACAACAUUGUGUCCCGUGUCCCUCUCACCUGGUUCUUCUCCGAGCUAGCCUUCUGCUUUUUGUGGCUAACGAUAGCGUACGUCACGCUGGAGCUCGCUGCGUCGUUGUCCGAUACGUCCUGGACACAUAAAACAACAGCCCAUCGGUCACCAUGACAACAGCCGCAGUCACUCCCCUGCCGAGUGGGUCACCUUGUGGGCGGAGCUUUUCAUGUCGAGGUCGUAAGAGACACUGGCGUAGGUCACAUGGCUCUCAUCCUAUGAUGUAAACAAACAGAUAAAUAACCGGAAAUAUUAAAAAUAACAGCUUUAUAA